AUGAAAGAUUCAUACGAACAGGGAAAAAAUCUUGCAAACAGAACUGGUGUACAAAUUUUCGAAGAAAUUGGUAGUCUCCUCUUAUAUAAAAUAAAUAGUGAUGUAAAAGAAGACAUCGUCCGCAGUCAAUUUAUCAAUCAUGAAUUUGUACCAAAACAAGCCUACGAAGAAAGUUUUAGUCAAGGCAAUGGUGAGAAUAUUCUUAAAUAUGUUUAUGAUAUCAAUCGGUAUUUUAUGGAACUAAGUUUAAAGGAAAUUAAAACAACGCUGAACGCUGUAACACAUAUGCAUACGCUGCAUUUAGAAGAGCUAAUUAGCUCCGCCAUCGAUAAAGCCAACAAAAUUGUUCAGACCGACAGUUGUCAGAGUACGAAAUUAGUUCAAGAUCAUAUACGUAAUGCAAUACGUAAAGAAAUAUCCAAUAGGGAUUUUACAUUAUUUGGUGCACUUCCAAUGUCAAUACAAGAUGCGGAAUUAUUAGAAAAGGAUUUAAAAACAAUAUUCUUGAUUAUUACACGAAGAUUAGAGAUCAGACGACAGCAAUCACUAGACUUAUGA